AUGCUGUCCGUAACAACCAUAGGAAUGAGAGACAUGGUACUUCGUGAUAGUAUACAAGAGGGAUAUACACCAGUGGAUGCACAAUCUUACUAUGAAUCCAAAGUUAUGCGCGAAUUUUCCAAGUCAACAGGUAAUCCGAUGAAAUUGGCUUUUAUGAUGACAGCAAAAGAUGGUGGUUCGAUGCAUAGGAAAGCGUAUCUGGACGAAGCUGAAAGAAUUGUGAAGGCUAUUUACCGUGUGACAGUCAAGCAUGGUGAUCGACAUUUGAUAUACGCUAAUAUAUGCGAGCCUCACUGUUACGGAGAUGAAGUCUUCAAAACUUUUAAGGUGAUUGUAAGCGAAUUUUUCAAAGCAUUUCAUUGA